AAAACCUAGUUGCAAUUCAACAAUUCUUGUCAAACACAACUCAGACUCAAACCAUAACAGUUCGACUUUAACAACGAGUGAUAGCAUCAUGGAUCCGAUUCUGGUUUUAGUGUUAAUUUUUUUAAUUUCUCUAUGGCUGUAUCAUCGUUGGAAUCAUCGCCAUCUAUUUGCUUUGGCAAAAAAGGUCGGUUCGAGUAGACUACAAAUGAUUUUGGGUUUCGGACCCAUAUUGUCAUCAAAAACCAUUAUUCAAAAAGGCUUAGAAAAUGCCGAAAAACUUGGGCAGGAUCAUUUAUGCUACAUUGGGCCAUAUCCUCAAUUUGUGACCGGUGAUCCUGACACUAUUAAAGAUAUCCUCACUUCGAAAUUGUGUGUCUUUAAAGGGGACCUAACAUAUACGGGGUUAAAUCAUGCCCUGGGUAAAGGAAUUUUAACAAUGCAAGGAAGCGAAUGGCUACAGCAUAGAAAACUGAUUGAUCCCGCAUUUAAACCGUCCAAACUUGUGGAAUUUUUAUCGAUAUUCAAUAAAAAAGUGAAGCGAAUAUUUGAGGAUAUGGAUAAAUGUCAUCAAAUGAAAAACUCCUAUGAUAUUCUGGUCUAUUGUCGGGAAUAUACAAUCGAUGUUACGGGCGAGACUGUACUGGGAAAAGAUUUCAAUGAGACCACCGAAGUCAAUGUGAAACAUUAUGCCCAGCUUAUAACACGCAACUUGAAGUACAUUUCGGAUAUAUCUUUCAAAGUGUUUUAUCACAACAAUUUCAUUUUGAAUUUGGCAAAUUUAACAAUCUUUAAGGGGGCUCGAAUAACAUCGGAGUUUUUGGCGAAUUUAAUUGAUAAGAACAUCGAUUACUACUCAGAUGGCAAUCAACCAACUUCUCAAAAUGUUAAAACAAAAGAUAACCUGGUUAUUGCAACUGUUCUGGAAGCUCUGAAAAAUGAUACGAUUGGAAGACAUUUGGCGAUAUCGAGUAUGGUGCAUGUAUUUAGUGCGGCCUUUGAGACCAAUUCAUCCACAAUGUAUUUUGUUAUGCUGAUGUUGGCCAUGCAUCCGGAGUAUCAAGAGCGAGCCUAUGCUGAAGUGUGUGAAGUAUUUCCAGAAAACGAUGACGGAGAGUUCGAGCUGACGUAUGAACAUAUCACGCAGCUUAGCUAUCUUGAUAUGUUUAUAAAAGAAACGAUGCGUCUAUUUCCGACAAUUCCCCACUUCGGCCGUCUAGUUGUGGGCGGAGAUCUAAGGCUGAGUAGUGGCGCUGUUUUACCUGAAGGUCUGGAACUGAUAAUUAAUGUCUAUAAUGUCCAUCACAAUAAAGAUGUAUGGGGGCCGCAUGCAAAUAUUUUCAAUCCGGAUAAUUUCCUACCCGCCAACAUGGAGAAUAGGCACCCAUAUGCCUUUAUACCAUUUUCCAAGGGGAUACGAUUUUGCUUGGGAAUGCGUUAUGCCGAGAUUGUGCUCAGAGUUACCAUGGCCAAAAUUAUAAAGCGUUACAAAUUUUCAACCACAGCUAAAUUAGAAGAUUUAGAGAUUCACAAUCAUAUUUCAAUUCAGCUGAAAGAACAUCCACCGCUAACUAUUGAGAGAAGAGCGAAUUCCAAUAAAAUCUAAAUAAAGGUUAAACAUUUAAUAUUUCUAAGCAGCGCUUAGAAGAGAGGGUUUAAUACUAGGCAAAUAGAUCGGCAACAUAUUCUAUAAUAUAAGAGUAAAGCAAAAUCCAUGAUAUUAUAUCAGUCGCUUUGGCAGCUGUAUACUUUCAGCCGAUGUUCGAUUACUUAAAUAUCUUUUGGUCUUCAGUUAUGAUUAUUCAAAUUGUAGUAGGCUCCGAAGGAAUGGGCCAAUAUUGUCCAUUUCCUGUCGAACUUAAAUAAAUAUCAUAUAAAUAUUGCGACGUA